AUGGCCGCCAUUCAUUUUGUAAGACAUAGACGACCUCGACAGUUUCGACGUAUUGACAGACAAUUCACGGAGUUGACGGAUGAAGAAUUACGCCAAAGGUACAGGUUUUCAGCUGACAACAUAGACAGACUUGUUGAACUUCUUGGGCCGACUUUGGAGCGACGGACGCGACGUAACCAAGCCCUGACACCACAGCAACAGAUUUUGAUAACAUUGAGAUUUCUUGCUACAGGUAAUUUCAUGCAGGUUAUCGGCGACACCUUUGACGUAGACAUUUCUGCCGUCUCCCUGGUCGUGAGGGACGUUACCGACGUAUUAUUUGGACUGAAAGACCAAUUUAUCAAGUCCCCUGUGAUGGACCUCGACCGAAGACGAAUCAUGAGUGGAUUUUACGCCAUUCGAGGGUUCCCAUCUGUAAUUGGUUGUAUUGACGGGACCCAUGUUAAAAUAAUUUCGCCCGGUUAUCCAUUUGUUAACAGAAAACAUCAACACAGUAUUAAUGUCCAGGGGACCUGCAACCACAAAGAGUUGUUCACAAGCAUCAAUGCCUGUUGGCCUGGAAGCUGCCAUGAAAGCCACAUCUUACGAGUUUCUAAUGUAGGCCGGUACCUUGAAGCUCAUCACCAAGGGAAUGAAACAGAGGAGAGGUACAACCGGGCGCACAUCUCCACACGGAAUUUGGUUGAAAGGACAUUUGGUAUAUGGAAGAGGACAUUCCAUGAUUUACAUGGGGAAAUACGCAUGAAGCCUCAGAGGGUGACACGUGUAAUCGUGGCGUGUGCUGUCCUCCAUAAUCUGAGGCUGCAGUGGGGUGAACCAGAGGUGGAAGAAGCCGGUGACCUGGAUCAGCCACCCGCCGACAUCUUUAAUGGCCGAAUGGAUGGGCGAGGAGUUCGAGACCAUGUGGCUCAUGCUUAUUUUCAGAAUCAGUAA